AUGGAAUUACCAAGAAAGCCAACCUUUCAGCCUAUUCAACCCAACAAUGUGUCAGACAGUGCUGAACUUCAAUUCUGCUUCGUCCCCGUCCCACCAAACCGUCGCAAACCACUCCAAAAAGCCUGGAAAACCCAGAUUUACGAACCCAUUCGCAACGAGAUGAAGAUCGACAUCCGCAUGAAUCUCGUUGCAAAGCGUGUUGAACUCAAAACCAUGAUUAACACCCCCGAUAUUAGCAACCUUUACAAGUGUUCUUCCUAUGUUCAAGCAUUCAUGCUUUGCUUUGAACCAGAGCAAGUAAGAGAGGCCUUUUUCAGGUACGAUAAUCUGGAUAUGUCUUCACUUGAUAUACAAGAUGUGAAACGCACACUAAAAGGGGAUCAUUUGAUUCGUGCGAUUGGGAGGAUAUGUGGGAAAUCUGGGAAGAUUAAAUUCAUGAUUGAGAAUGCUACUAAAACUAGGAUUGUUUUUGCUGGUAAUAAGAUUCAUUUUGUUGGUACACAUGAUGGGAUUAAGAUUGCGAAGGAUUGUGUUUGCCGAGUUAUUAUGGGUUCCCCUGCUGCUAAAAUUGCUUCUAGGCUUAGGACCAUUACAGCUCGAGCUUCUGAACGAUUCUAA